GUUAAUAAAUAAAAAGCAAAUCUAAAACUAGAUAAGAAGUUACAUUCAAGAGAGGAACAUCAGCUUCUUGGAGAUAUGGAAGGUCUUACAAUAGUUGGAGCAACUCCUUGUGUUUCUUCUUCACUUCGUAGAAUCUCUUCCAAAACAACCUGUUUGGCCUCCAGACUUACCCCAAAAUCCGUCAAGAAGCACAGCCUAGCUGCAUUGCAACCAGCAUUUUAUCUUUUCUCAACAAAUGUCCCCAAAAGGCAAAUUAGAGCUCGUAUAUUCUUACCCCAUUUGGUUGCUUCUAUGGAAGAAGUGGAGCAGACUUAUAUCAUGAUUAAGCCUGAUGGUGUUCAGAGAGGCCUUGUUGGAGAAAUUAUAUCCAGAUUUGAGAGAAAAGGGUUUAAGCUAACUGGAUUAAAGCUUUUUCAGUGCCCCAAAGAAUUAGCGGAGGAGCAUUACAAGGAUCUACAGUCCAAGCCAUUCUUCCCCAAGCUGAUUGACUACAUUACAUCUGGUCCAGUUGUCUGUAUGGCUUGGGAGGGUGUUGGUGUUGUUGCUUCAGCACGAAAGCUAAUAGGAGCAACUAAUCCUCUUAAUGCUGAACCAGGCACAAUUAGAGGAGACCUUGCUGUUCAAACUGGAAGAAAUGUGGUGCAUGGAAGUGAUAGCCCCGACAAUGGCAAGCGUGAAAUAGGUCUUUGGUUUAAUGAAGGUGAAUUAUGUGCAUGGGCAGCAGCUCUAGAACCUUGGUUGGUAGAAUAAUACCUUAGCGUAGUUAUAUGAUUCUUCAUUUAAGUUUUGGAGGUUUGAGCUUAAUCACUUGUUCGGCAUAUGUAAUGCAAAAAUACAAGCACUGUCAUUGUAUCAUUUCCAGCAUGGUUGGCCGGUUUAUAGUAAGAGUCUAAGAGCGGCUCACUACGUGAUAUUUUUUCAAGUUUUCCACUUGAUGUCAAACUGCAGAAUUAAAUUUGUAGUUCUUCUGUACUUCUGUUGGGUGUUAA